CAGUUGCCCCUGAAGUCAGAACAGUACAUAAAGCUGGCAAACCUGACAAUAAUCCCUUCUAGCAACUCCCUUCUAAUAAUGUGUCUGGAGAUUCCCACCAACUGUGGCUGGAGGUGCCUCUGGAGUCGGCUUUGCAAUUCCAGCAGACUUUCUCCCAGGAGGAUGGAUGAAGGCAUGGGAGAGGCAAUGUGGGGUUUUCCACCAUCCCUGUGUUUUAAUUCAGACAUUUUUCAGACUUAGUGGUAAAGCUGGAAGUGGAAUUUGCAAGUCAGCAGCCUGUGUUCCAGUGAUCAGAGCUGCUGACUGGUUUUGAUAUGCUAACCAUAACUCUAAAGAGUCUUGGGGAAGGAGAUAAGUGUCUCUUCGAGAAUACUGUAUCUUAAGUUUAUGGUUAAAAUGUAUAAGUUUGGAACAGGUAUUCGUAAAAUAUGUUACUGUCCUUUCCACAUUUCUUUCUAAGAGUGCAAAUGCUGCUGGAGUAAAGAUUUGAAGGCAAGCCUGAUGACAACAAAAGCAAACUCCACUGUGGCAGCAGGAUCUGUCGUUGUCCCUUUUGGGCAUGUGAUUGGAAAUGAGAAGUGGAGAGGGUCAGAGAUAGCCCAAAAGCUACAAGGGAAAGUCAGACUCAUCUUUGAAGAUGGCUUGGGACUGGUGGACUUUCAUCUUUCCAACAGAACUUGCAUUUUAUAUAUUUCUGAAGCAGAUUUGGUUGCAGGGGAUGAAUACAAACGAAGAGUGGUGAGGUUUAGAAAUGCCAGCAAUCUCAGGGGACUUGUAAUUGUAGAGAAAACCCAAAUAAGUGGUCAGUACUUCUUAGCAGUACAAAAACUUGUUAUACUCGAACUUGGAAUGGUGUUGCUUCCUGUGGCAAAUCAAGGAGAGGCAGCUCAGCUCAUUGUUCAGCUGGUGCGGGAGCAGAGCCGGGAUCAGAGCUCUAACCCCUUCCUGCGCAAGCAGCGACCUCAGCUGGCGGAGCCAGCGCUGCUCCAGACAACGCAGCACAUCCCGGGCGUGGGCAAAACGAAAGCUCUGCUUCUCCUGCAGCACUUCGGCAGCAUCCACCGGCUUUGUAACGCAUCCAUCAGCGAGCUGGAGCGAGUGGUUGGACACACGGCAGCACAGCAAAUUCAUUCCUUUCUCUGUUCCUGACGCGCUAUUUUGCGAAUAAAGACUUUU